AAGUUGGCGACCAAAUUACGAUUACUCCUUAUGAAGUUGAAAAUGAAAAUGGAUUGACCGAAAAUCAGAAAAAAGAAUUAGAUUUGGAAACCAAAAGAAAGGGUGCUUGUGAUACUUGCCAGAAAAAAUUGGGUCGGGAUAAUGGAGGUUCCGACAAUUUUUACAUUAUUAAGCGUUAUUUGGGAAAGAUGAAAAAUUCAGUAAAAUGGGCUUGUCGAGACUGCUAUCCAACCAAAGAGGCAGAAUAUUUACAAAAUUAUGCGGGCAUUUACGAAAGAUUUAAGGAUGAGAAUGGAGAAAUUGACUAUCGCCUAACAAAAGCCGAAUGA